AUGAUGCCAUUCUGGAUGUGGCUGCUCGGUUUCCACUUCAUCCAGAGUUUUCAUCCGGAAGCAGAAAUCAAAGUUCCAUAUGUCAAAAUUGUCUCCUCACUGAUUACAAUGAUCGUCCCGCUACUUUUUGGCAUAAUGCUGUCACAUUUCAGACCAACAAUGCGCCACCAAGCAAGAAGGAUUAUGCGCCCAUUCAUAAUUUUCGUUUUGAUCUUCCUCAUUGGCUUUGGAACAGUGGCAAAUAUUUACAUGAUUCAUCUGCUUACGAUCACUGCCAUUAUUGGGGGUUUGCUACUUCCGUGGUGCGGCUUCUCCAUUGGUUGCUUCACGGCCAUCCUUCUCCGACAACCGCCUCCAAAUGUUACAGCAAUAGCCAUUGAAACUGGUAUCCAGAACACAGGCAUCGCGAUUAUGCUACUUAAGUUCUCAUUUCCGGAUCCGGACGCCGAUAUUAGUGCGCUUAUUCCUGUUAUCGCAGCCAGCAUGACACCAUUACCACUGCUACUUAUCGUUGCCCUACACUGGGCAUGGAAAGCACUGAAAAAGAGAAGGACGGCCGACAAAUGCAACGGUCUGGAAGCGAAAACAAUUGAAGAUGGAACGAACACCGGUGCGAAUGGCAUGGACGAUAUCGUUGUUACAUGUAAAUUUAAAGAAAACGAAGAUAAUCCCCUGAUGAACAAUGAAACGAAGCAAACUGCUUAA